CGCAUAGGUCUACAAGCUAAGCUUGGACGAACUUGCACUAGUGUGAUAAAUAAAUUUUUAUUUUAUUUUUUAAUUUAUUUUUAUUACAACAUGGCGUUUCUCAGAGUGUUAGUGUCUGUGGUUGUUUUGGGCGUGGCUGCGCAUGCGUCGCCCAGAUUUAUUACUAAAAACAAUCCUUAUUCGUUCCCAUUUGUGAGUCGGGAGGAGUGGGGUGCUGAGCCUUCGACGGACAUAAGGCCUUUGAACCACCCUGUACCGUUCGUGGUCCUUCACCACACGUACAUACCAGGAGCCUGCUUUGACAAGGAAGACUGCUCAGCGAAAAUGCGCUCUAUGCAGAGGUAUCACAACAGUAUGGAUUGGGGUGACAUUGGAUACAAUUUCUGUAUUGGCAGUGAAGGAAAUGCUUACGAAGGUCGGGGCUUCGACAACGUGGGCAUCCACGCCUCCGUCGCCAACCGACACAGCAUCGGCAUCUGCGUUAUUGGAGACUGGAGAGUGGAAGCUCCACCAGCAGAAUCAUUGUCAACGAUCAAGGCGCUGAUCGCUGAAGGAGUGAGAGAGGGAAAGAUCAGCCCAGACUACAAACUCAUCGGCCACAACCAGGUCAGCGCCACCGAAUGUCCUGGAACUGCCUUCUACAAAGAAUUCUCCACCUGGGACCACUAUUCUCCUGGAAACCCUGACUUCAGUGCACUCUCUGUACCAGUAGCGGCCGCCAAAGAGUAAAUGUUAAUAGAUGAUUUGGAAUUGUAUACUGGUAUUUUGAAGCGCUCUAUGUAGUGAACUUUUUUAGGCUGGAUCGAUGAUUUGUGAAAGUAUACGAUCAGUAGUUUUUUAUUUUUAUAAACAUAUACUCUUAUUUUGUACACCAUUAAGCAUCUUCAAAGAUGAUGAGGUGGUAGAAUAGUGGCUGUAAAUAUUCUUCCGUACCGUUCAAGAUAUCAAAAUCGAUUCAGCGUUUUAGGCGUAAAAAAGAACAAACUCGCAAACUCGCUUUUGCAUUUAUAUUAUUAAGUUAAGAUAACCACAUGAGAUGAAAAACAUCUUCUUUUAAGAUGUUUCUGGUUUCAUCUGGUUACGUGUGAUUGUGAUACUAAAUAUAAUGACAAAAAAACUCCAUUAUAGGUUUAAUGUGUAGAGCGCUUAUUGUUACGUUAAAUAUCGAAAAAUCAUUCUUACUAUUUAAGUGUUAAGUCCUAAUUUCUGUUUUCCGUGGUUAAGUCAAUAACGAUGCUUAAUGUAAAAUGUCGAUAUUUUUAAUACUCAUUUUUACUAAACUCGUUGUUAUAGCGACAUUUUUUAUUGGGUAUCGUUGUAUAAGUUCAGGAUGUCUCGAUAAGGAGCUGCGGUAGACCUAGCAGGUUACUGGGUUAUGUAAUUAGUCAGUAAGAGUCUGACACUCUCUCGCUUCACGCAAAGGAUGGAAGAACCAUUGGAUGACUUUCCACCCUCAAAUAAAAUGCGGGUCUCAAUAAAAUAAAAUGGAGGUAUGAUUUUUCUAAAGAAAAGUGACUCGCUUUUUUUUGAGAGUGGAAAAUCAUCCAAUGACUUCUCACGCCUUGGGCGAGACGAGAGGGAGUGUCAGACUCUUACUGACUAAAACCACCCCGUUCCUACUCCUGCUUUUCGAACAACACAAGCGACUCGCUGUAUACAAUGAAGGUCUUACAAGGAGAGUAGGAUUUAAACGUACUUAUAACCUUAGUAUCGAAAGAUGUAAUCACACUCCUAUGGAUGUCCAAAACUCUCUCGACUGUUGACUCUGUGUAUAAAUAAUGUUUUAAUGUACUUUUUAUUUGCUAACAAUAUAAUUUUGUUUUUCUAAUUUAUUAUUUUGUUUUUUUUUCUUGCCAUACCUACCUAAUUAUGUUUGGGUUUAUAUGCUUGUCUUGUGUUGUAUUAUCAAUGAGGAAAAUAAACACUACCUACGUAUCA